CUGCUUAAAUAAAUAAUAAACUAUCUACCAGUUAAACUAUCAAACCAUCCUCUGUAACUCCUCCGAUCUGUGAUUCCGGCGCCGGAUAAUUGAAUAAUAUAUCUACGGCGGCGAUGGAAAGUCACGGCUUCGGUCUCCGCCGUGUUCUGCAGCUCGCAUUUUGCGUUGCUGGUAUUUGGUCUGCUUAUAUUUAUCAAGGCAUUCUUCAAGAGACCGUGUCUACUAAACAAUUUGGCCCUGACAAAGAGAGGUUUGAACAUCUGGCAUUCUUAAACUUGGCCCAAAGUGCUGUUUGUUUAGUAUGGUCAUUCAUGAUGAUAAAGUUGUGGCCUAGUAGCGCUUCUGGUCGUGCUCCUUGGUGGAGUUAUUGGAGUGCUGGCAUUACAAACACUAUUGGUCCUGCUAUGGGGAUUGAAGCAUUGAAAUACAUCAGUUAUCCUGCUCAGGUCCUAGCAAAAUCCUCAAAAAUGAUUCCAGUGAUGCUGAUGGGGGCACUAGUUUAUGGUAUAAGAUACACGGUUCCAGAGUAUGUAUGUACUCUCCUUGUUGCAGGCGGGGUGUCUGCGUUUGCAUUGGCUAAGUCUAGCUCAAAGACAUUAAGUAAACUGGCUCAUCCAAAUGCCCCACUUGGAUACGGCUUGUGUUUCCUAAAUUUGGCAUUUGAUGGAUUCACAAACGCAACACAAGAUUCAAUCUCUGCAAGGUACCCGAAAACAGGUGCAUGGGAUAUAAUGCUAGGAAUGAAUUUAUGGGGUACUAUUUACAACUUUGUGGUCAUGUUCGGUUGGCCACAAGCAAGUGGUUACCAAGCUAUUCAAUUCUGCAAGCACCACCCUGAGGCAGGAUGGGAUAUAUUAUCUUACUGUUUGUGUGGUGCCAUUGGUCAAAACUUUAUAUUCUUUACCAUUAGCAGGUUUGGUUCUCUAACUAACACCACCAUCACGACAACAAGAAAGUUUGUGAGCAUUGUGGUAUCGUCACUGCUUAGUGGCAAUCCUUUAUCUAGAAAGCAAUGGGGGAGUGUGUUUAUGGUAUUUACUGGAUUGUCAUACCAGAUUUACCUUAAAUGGCAGAAAGUGCAGAAGAAAAGGAAGACUGUGUGAAGUGUAUACAUAUAGCAUUAAAAUUCCAAUUUGUUAUACCUACUGUAACUGGAGUUUGUGGCGGUGAACUUUUUGAUUUAGAGGAGUAUAGUUGGUUAGGUUUUAAGCAGGGAUCAUGUUAGGUUGUGACUCCAAACCCACUUGAAAUAUAGCAAAAAUACCAAUGUAACAUACUGAAUCUAAAGUUUCUAAAUGAAAUCAAAAUGUCAAAAUCUUGAUUCAUAGUUA